CCACCUUUAUUGAACUGAAAAAGCGGAAAAAAUUUAAGUGGUUGUCAUCUCGUUCUGGUGCAAACAAACAACCUCAUUUUACUUUCUUAAACAUCUCAAGAGACAAACCUCUCCCUGCGGCCUUAGUUAAGAUGAACACGACGAUGAACAGUUCAGCCCAAGGUCCUUACAACUGUGAAGGCUCAACUUUUCCAGAAUCAGACAAGGAAAGGCGAGCUUUUGAACAAUUUUGCGGAUGCAUAAUACCGCCAGACACUUGGCAUUCGGUGGUAGAAGUGGUGCUCAGUAAAUUGUUGCUAAUCAUAUCGGUUCUAGGGAAUUUGCUCGUCAUAAUCGUUUUACAGCGGAUGAAGCGGAGCGGAGAUCAUUCUGGGGCAAUGAAACUCCUCAUCCAGAACCUAUGUGUGGCCGACAUGGCUGUUUGUAUUAUCUACAACAUUUACGAAUUCGUAGGGAUCGAUUCAAAGGCUUCCAUAACACCUGUUUGUAAACUCAUUGGCGGCUUAUCUUGGACUACACUGUCUGCCUCGUCCUGCCUGAUAUGCUGUGUUACAGCAGAACGUUACCUGGCUGUUGUCAAACCAUUUGAUUUUGAUGUUAAUACUCGCAGAACAGUUCUUAUGGUUGUAUUUUCUUGGUAUUAUUCUCUUAUCUUCACUCUACCGGAUUUUUACUUCUUAACGAGGCAGGAAGCACGAUUUUGCGGGCGAGGAAUUAUUCCGUUUUGUUCGUACGACUAUAUUCAAGGUACCGAUAUUACAGUGAUGCUUCUGAUGACUUUGUCAGCAACCUUUCUUGUUCCACUUAUUUUUAUCUUGGCCGCCAAUAUCGCUGUUGUGCGGUCACUACUGCAAAGUCAAGGGUCAAGACUUUUCCGAAAGUUUCGUCGCCCGAAUGACCAGGGAAGAGGAGGAGUCGUAUUUAUUGUGCUCUUAUUAACCGCCAUCUUUGUUUUGUGUUCGGUGCCCUUUGCUACAUACCUACUGUUAAUUGCAGUGUCUGUGACAGUACCAAAGGAAUUCGCUAUAGUAGCUUACUAUCUUAUGCUUGUCAACAGCACAGCUAAUGCUUUUGUCUACUCAUUUUUCAGUUCUGUAUUCCGCAGAAACUGCAUGGAAUUAUUUUCACCAGUGUUUAUGUACUUUAGAAGUUUACUGAGACGUGCGCGACUUAAUUUGUGAUCUUUUUAGAAAAACGGAAUGGAGUCUUCUCCAAAGUGUCCCAGAAGCGACUCAAAAGUGAUUCUUCAUGUAAUAAAUUUGAUUAUAACUAGAAAUUCUGAGUACUCAGUUUAUGUACUAGCUGCGGAGUGCAAUUUGCUUUCAAAGAUUUUGUACGUUGUCGACAUCUGCCAGGUUGUGGAAUCGUGGAAAGUACUUUUCGUCUGUUUACUUUAAUAUUUUGAUUUGCCUUCUCAAUCACUUUCAUUGUAUAUUUUUAAGCUUAGUUAUUAUGGAGAGACGUAAAAAAUAAGAUUUUAUAUUUCCUGUAGAAAUUUGUAAUUACUUAUAUAUACAAUGCAAAUCGAGAAAAUCCUUAUGCAUAGCAAAAAAACAAUGUUAUUAACUUUAAGAGUGCGGGUUCUACUUUCGUCGUUUGCCUUCUCGUCCAGUGUACUAUGAAAAGACUAAUCGAGUAUUUUUACAGUUAUCCUCUUUCACACACAAGGGAUCACAGGUGCAAAGAAAACGCAGAGGAGCCAGCGGGCAAGUAAGCCUUUUCACGAGCUUUUCUGAUUUGCAUAAAAUUACAUGUGAACAAAAUGCAAAGCCAUUGCUCUCACAGAAUGGAAUUUGCCGUAGCCAUGGUUUGGUAAGUUAAACGUUAUGGCGCCUUAGGUACUGCCAUGUUCACCAGGGAAGUUUUAAAGUCAGACAUUAGAUUUCCGAUUAUCCUAACCCAUAGAAGAAAUGCGAAACAGUUCAAAAGUCGAAAGUGGCGUAGGUCUGAAUCACCAAACUAGCACCAAGGCAGAAUGCCUUAAUUUCACCUCAGGUUUUAGAGCGUUUUUAUCCCAUCAAACUUUUUGAACGAGACCGCGCUGCGUCAGUUGAGUAUAUAUAGAAGUGACCAAAGACAAGUUCAGUUUCUUUUUUUGUUGUUGUUCUGUUUUUGUUGAAGUAGUAUAACAGAAACCACAAGAUACUACAGCAAUGUACUUAAAUAAUAAUAAU